UCUUAUGUGCCAAGAACCUCACAAAGAAAGACUUCUUCCGGUUGCCGGACCCAUUUGCGAAGGUAGUGGUGGACGGAUCAGGCCAGUGUCAUUCUACAGACACAGUGAAGAGCACUCUAGACCCCAAAUGGAACCAACACUAUGACCUGUACAUAGGGAAGACAGACUCCAUCACCAUCAGUGUGUGGAACCAGAAGAAGAUCCACAAGGGGAAGCAGGGCGCCGGGUUCCUGGGCUGCAUACGACUGUUGGCCUACACCAUCAGCAGACUGAAGGACACGGGCUACCAGCGGUUGGAUCUGUGUAAGCUGAAUCCAUCAGAUAGUGAUGCAGUACGAGGACAGAUCGUAGUGAGCCUCCAGACCAGAGAUGGUUUGGGCAGCGGAGGACCUGUGGUCGACUGUAGAGCACUGUUAGAGAACGAGGGUGAGGAUUAACAGGGGGUGUGGGGGCCUGUGUUUGAGAGCUGUUUCAGUGAGGAGCCACUGCCGUACUCAGACCCCACGGGAGCCGGGGGCGGGACCUGUCCACCGGAUUCACCCAACCAGGAGAACCGGCUCCAGGCUCAGCGAAUCAGAGACCAGGAUUCCCAAAGACACACCCACAACCCUCAGAACCGACCGCAUGGCAACCAAUCACCAGAUCUGCCUGAAGGAUAUGAGCAGCGCACUACAGUCCAAGGACAGGUUUAUUUUCUCCACACACAGACGGGAGUCAGUACCUGGCACGACCCGCGAAUACCCAGGGACCUGACCAGUGUGAGCUGUGAGGAGUUGGGUCCUCUGCCGGCCGGAUGGGAGGUGAGGAGUACGGUAUCUGGAAGGAUCUACUUUGUGGAUCACAACAACCGAACAACGCAGUUCACUGACCCUCGGCUUCACACCAUCAUCAGCCAACAUUCCCAGGUGAAGGAAGCGUCUCAGCCGCUGGGUGGGGGAGGAGGGAGAGAGAUGGAGGUGGGGGAGGAGGAGGACGGAGGAGGAGGAGGAGGAGGAGAAGAGGAAGUGACUCUGCGCUACGAGAGAGACCUGGUCCACAAACUGAAGCUGCUCAGACACGAGCUGUCGCUGCAGCAACCACAGGCUGGACACUGUCGCAUAGAGGUCUCACGAGACGAGAUCUUUGAGGAGUCAUAUCGCCAGAUCAUGAAGAUGAGGCCCAAGGAUCUGAAGAAGCGACUGAUGGUGAAGUUUAGAGGAGAGGAAGGACUGGACUACGGAGGAGUGGCAAGGGAGUGGCUGUACCUGCUGUGCCAUGAGAUGUUGAACCCGUACUACGGCCUGUUCCAGUACUCAACAGACAACAUUUACACACUACAGAUCAACCCUGACUCCUCUAUCAACCCUGACCACCUGUCGUAUUUCCACUUUGUGGGUCGUGUGAUGGGCCUGGCGGUGUUCCAUAGCCACUACAUCAACGGCGGCUUCACCCUGCCCUUCUACAAGCAGCUGCUGGGGAAGCCUAUAACGCUGCAAGACCUGGAGACCACUGAUCCGGAACUACACAAGAGUCUGGUCUGGAUACUGGAGAACGACAUCUCGUCGGUUCUAGAUCAUACGUUCUGCGUGGAACACAGUGCCUUCGGGAAGUUCCUUCAGCACGAGCUGAAACCCGACGGCCAGAACGUCCCGGUAACCGAGGACAACAAGAAGGAGUACGUGAAGCUCUACGUGAACUGGAGGUUCAUGAGGGGCAUCGAGGCUCAGUUCUUAGCUCUGCAGAAAGGAUUCAGUCAGCUGAUUCCUCAGCACCUCCUCAAACCGUUUGACCACAAGGAGCUGGAGCUGAUAAUCGGGGGCCUGGGGAAGAUCGAUCUAGCAGAUUGGAAGUCUAACACCCGUUUGAAGCACUGUGCUGUGGACAGUAAUGUGGUUUGCUGGUUCUGGGAGGCUGUGGAGAGCUUCACUGAGGAGAGGAGAGGACGACUACUGCAGUUUGUUACUGGUUCUACCAGAGUUCCACUACAGGGAUUCAAGGCACUACAGGGUUCAGCAGGCCCAAGGCUGUUUACCAUCCAUCUGAUAGAGGCCAACACAGACAACCUGCCCAAGGCACACACAUGUUUUAACAGAAUAGACAUCCCUCCUUACGAGUCGUACGAGAAACUUUAUGAGAAACUGCUGACGGCCGUGGAGGAAACAUGCGGCUUCGCUGUGGAGUGAUACACACACACACACCCACACACACACACACACACACACACACUAUACACACACACACUAUACACACACACACACACACACACACACACACACACACACACACACACACACACACCCACAUCACCCUGCAAUAACCCCGUCCCUACAGAACUACUAUUGACCAAUCACAGGACAAUACCACCUUUGCCCCUCCCAUCCCGAUCUCGGCCGGGUUUGUUACCGUGGUUACCGUGAUCCGGGUUUGUUACCGUGGUUACCGUGGUUUUGAAGAAACGUUUUUUAUCCUUGGGUUUUAUGAUGUCACUCUUCAGAAACAACCAAUCACACGCAGACUCUGUACAGGAGGAGCCAAUCAGAGACCAUCUGAGCUGAAAGCUGAUUGAUCGAUUCAUUAAUGUUCAUGUUUAACCACUGGGUUGUCUGUCUGUCUGUCUGUCUGUCUGUCUGUCUGUCUGUCUGUCUGUCUGUCUGUCUGUCUGUCUGUCUGUCUGUCUGUCUGUCUGUCUGUCUGUCUGUCUGUCUGUGUGUGUGUGUGUGUGUGUGUGUGUGUGUGUGUGUGUGUGUGUGUGUGAUGGUAUUGAGUCUCUGAUGAUUAUUUUAUUUAUUUACUGUGAUGAUGAUGAUGAUGAUGAUACUGACCUGCUGCUACAGAGACAGACCCCCUAACCCCUCAGACCUCUCCUCUCCUCUCCUCUCCUCUCCUCUCUCCCCUCUCCUCUCCUCCUCUUCUCAGACCCCUUAUUAACCCUUGGUUAACCCUCUCCUCCCUCUCUCCCUCGCCUGUCUCACUCCCCAGCCUGUCUGAAAUAUGCAAUAAACCCCCAAACUUCACCUCUCUUUCCAU